UUCCUCUCUUGACUCGACUCUUCUUCUUUUCCACCGGGUUUACUUUUCUCUCUCUUCCGGUUGUCGUCUGUUCGUGUGGCAGAUUAACCAGUGUCGAAAUGGCCAAGUCCAAGAACCACACAACCCACAACCAGUCUCGUAAAGCCCACAGGAAUGGCAUCAAGAAGCCCAGAUCUCAGCGCUAUGAGUCACUGAAGGGGGUGGACCCUAAGUUCCUGAGGAACAUGCGCUUUGCUAAGAAGCACAACAAGAAGGGCAUGAAGGCGGCGCAGAAGGCAGUUCAAGCGAAAUAAGCUGCCAUCCGGUCACAUCCAUGUCUGUCAGCGUUCAUGUUUCCCCCAUUACAAUAAAGCUAUGCUUUGUUAACAAA